AUGGCCGAAUUCAGUUCGACCGAGGUCGAAGUUAUUGUGGCAAGCUUCAACACUGACCACAACACCAAACCGCGUAAGCACAAUCCAAACAGUUGGAUUAGUGCAGUAACCACUCGGAUUGAACAGGGCAGUCUCUCGGCGGCCGUCAGACUUGCUUGUUCGCCCGCAGGCCUGGCGGAGAGCUCGCCUGAGACACUCGCUAAACUCAAAGCUAUUCAUCCCAGUGCUCCAUUGAACAGGCGAGCUUUUCCCGCGCAGGAGCCGUCCAAUGGUCGCGUUUCACCAGCCCAGGUGUUGACGGCUUUAAAAUCGUUUAAUAAUGGUUCAUCGGGAGGCCUUGAUGGCUUGAGGCCUCAGCACAUAAAGGAUUUACUUUCCGGUCCGACGCCCACCGAUGAAUUGUUAAAUAACCUCACCCGGUUUGUAAAUUUGUUGUUAUCUGGGGUCUGCCCUCCCGCGGAACCGUCGGGCAUUGCGGCGCACGACGGUAAACGCCCUGACGGGUGUACCUUGAUCCCUUGGAGAGCCGGCAGGUGCUUGGCGUGGGACGUUACCAUUCCGGGCACCUUUGCUGAGCGCUACGUGCAGCUUACUAGCAAAGAAAGCGGUUUGGCUGCAACCAGGGCAUCUGACGAGAAGAUCAAAAAGUACGACGGAGCUCUCCCCUCGAUGGAGUUUUUACCGAUUUGUAUCGAGGUCCUCGGCCCCAUGGACCGUAACACCUCCGGGUUUUUCAAUCGAAUUUGCAAAAAUAUCAGUAUUAGGUCAGGCGAUAGUAGGGAAUAUUUUUUUGCUAUGAAUAAUAUCUCGUGCAUCCUGCAGCGGUUUUUGCGCGUCUGUGUGUUGGAAAAUGUGGAGUUGAAUGCCGACGGGGUUGAGUGA